AUGGUGAAUACUGAGUUUGGUCGAUAUUGGAGUUUGCCAACCGCGGAAAUUUUCAGAUGGAGUGUCUGAAAAUGAUGUUACUUGGUUGGUAGCGUUCUAGACUUUGGAAAUAACAUCACCAGUGAACUGAAGGAAGAGAAGAAAGUGAACUCUCUCUACAGUGUGUGUCUCUGCGUGGGUUGUGGUGAAGGUAGACUUUGGAAAUAACAUCACCAGUGAACUGAAGGAAGAGAAGAAAGUGAACUCUCUCUACAGUGUGUGUCUCUGCGUGGGUUGUGGUGAAGGUGGUGAAUCUGGUGAUGUUACUUUGAGAAGAUUUUUCGUCCACGUUGUGUUGUCUUCGUUUUGUCUAUCAAGGUCCAUGUGACCUCCCACAACUAUCACUCUCUGCAGGAAAUGCAUAGGAUGAUAUAUCCAGUUGAUGGGUCGUGAUAGAGUUCUCUCCUCAAACCAUGUGCUGGGUGAGUUUUAGUGGUGGCAGGUUGCAGUAAGGCCUUCAGUUGUGAACCCAAGAAACGCUAGCUAAGAUCUUUUUUUGGAUGGAGAUGAGGAACUUUAGACCUGAAUCGCAUGUAGCACAGCAAAGCCGGCGUGAUAAGCUUAGAGUUCAACAUCAAAGUUCAACCCCAGCACACCAUUUGGAGGAGUUCCCUAACAGUUUGGAACAAUUAUCGGUCCAUCCAGAACUAAACCCAGAUCUUAUUCAAGUUCGGAAUGUUAGGAACGGCAAUGUGCUUUAUGAUCCAAUUGUGCUCUCCUCGGAAAUGCUCAAUUUUUCAUCGAAUUCUCAUGUGUUUUUGGGUAGCAAGGAUGCAAUGGUGGGGCAAGAUUCGAAUGCAGUCUCUCAGGAUGCUUCAUUCCCCAAUUUGUCUCACCCAAUUUCAUCUAAAGCAGCUGGUGACCCACAAAACUGUGACAAUUGGAAAGGCCUUGGUACACAGCAAAGCUGUGAUUGGAUUGUGAAUUAUGCUAAUGGAACGGUGGCUAGUGAAAGCAAUCAAAACCCUAUGUAUGUCGGGGAAGUCUUGUCAGCCAACUCUAUGAAGGUAAACAACAUUUCUGCAUCUUCACUUGAUUUGAAGCCUAAUUACAGUGGAUAUCAGGAUGUGCAGUCAUCGAUAACCAAUCCAUCCAGUGAAAUUUCUAGUCAAGAUAGCCAGAAGCAUUAUGGUGAAAUCCAUUUCAAUUCUCCUCAACUCUACCGAAACACGCUCCAAGAGGUUGUUACAUCAGCUGCAGUUGGAACCCAGGGGCUAGAAAUGGCAUCCUUUGCGCAUCAGAACAUUAGGGACACUGGCCGUGAUUCAUGGGAAGAUGGUGGGAAUGAACUUGUUCUUCUUCCAAACUUUGGAAAUCAGUCUAGUGCUCUCCGUCUUGAUUCUUCUGUUGCUUGGAUGACUAGGCCAGUAGAGGGUUGCCAUCAGUGGAGUGGUGGUGAUUUGGGUGUUCUUGCAAACAAGAGUCUUGGAGACUUGAGUACCAUUGCAAGUGAUUCUAACGCACAAGGUCUGUCUCUUUCCCUUUCAUCACAUCCUUCAUCCAAAAUACAGGUAGCUCAGUUUGGGGAGAGAUAUGAGUCGAAGGAUCUACGUUCUGGAACUGCAGCUUUCAGUUGCCCACAAGAUUUAAAAGUUAUGAGCUCUGGUUAUUUAUGUUCGGAUUCAAAGCCACCUGUUAGUGGUAAAGGGUAUGGAAAUUCCCUUCACGACAUAGUGGGGACUUCUACUUACACUCAUAGGACUGCUGGUCCUCUUGGGCCAUUCACUGGGUAUGCAACAAUUUUAAAGAGUUCAAAAUUUUUGAAGCCAGCACAACAGGUCCUGGAUGAAUUUUGUAAAGCAGCAAGUCCCAAACUGGUGAAAACAUGUGAGGUAACUCGGAGGACAUCUGGAGAUGUUAGUGUUUCAGUUCCUGAUGCGGUUAACACAUCUGACACUGAGGUUGGAGCUGCCAAGGGUGGCAAUUCAGCUGUCUCGUCCUCCACAUUUUAUGAUUCAAAUGAAAUUAGUGGUGAAGGGGGAGUUAAGACCAGCUCCUGUGAAUCGUAUAGGCCUGACUACCAACAAAAGAAGGCAAAGCUCUUGUUUAUGCAGGAGGAGGUUUGCAGAAGGUACAAGCAAUAUCAUCAACAGAUGCAAAUGGUGGUUUCAUCCUUUGAAACUGUAGCAGGCCUCAGUGCUGCGACCCCCUACAUUGCCCUGGCUCUGAAGACAGUCUCGAGGCACUUUCGGUUCCUGAAGAAUGCCAUAUCAGACCAGCUUAGGCACAUAAGGAAAGCCUUGGGGGAGGAUUUGUCAUCCCCCAGCACUGGUGCCUGCACUAGUGCAGGGGAUGCAAGUUCACCAAGGUUAAAGUUCAUGAACCAGAGCUUUCCGAAACACAAACCUGGUGGGGCUAACCUGGGUUUCCUUGAACCCCAACAACACGUCUGGAGGCCCCAACGAGGCCUACCAGAAAGGGCGGUGGCUAUUCUUAGAGCUUGGCUGUUUGAGCAUUUCCUUCACCCGUAUCCAACGGACACAGAUAAACAUAUGCUAGCCACUCAAACCGGUCUCUCUCGAAAUCAGGUAUCAAACUGGUUCAUAAAUGCCCGAGUUCGGGUAUGGAAGCCCAUGGUUGAAGAAGUACACAUGCUUGAAACCAAAGGUUUAACAGAAAGGGACCAAAAUUCAGGCAAAAAAGAUUGGAAGUCCAUUGGUGAAGGUGUCAGCCAACGGGAUGGCAAUCAACCUUCAAACAAGCCUAGUGUCAAUGCAAUGUCUGAUGAGCAAUUGGAAUGCAGGGGAAUGUGUUCCUCAGCAGGCACCGGAGAUGAUUUGGGUGCUGAGCAGUGGAAUCAAGAGAAGCGAUCAAGAGUGGAGUGCCAAAUUCCUGGAAGCAUGGACGGGUCAUUGAUGGGUUUUGUUCCGUACCAGCGGAGCGGUGUCGAGAUUGGGGGACUUGGAGCAGUGUCACUUACAUUGGGUCUCAGGCAUAGUGUGGAAACUGCACAGCAACAGCAACAUCAACAACAAUUACAACAGCAGGAGGAUCAACUUAGACGGCAAUUUGGAGGUCAGAUGAUUCAUGAUUUUGUGGGUUGAUUUAUAUAGCUGUUUUUGAUGGAAUUAGAAUAGAAUAAGAGGGAGAAUGGAUUUGCUCGAUCAGCUCCCAUUCCACCACUUUGUAUCAUGCAUUGGCAGGGAAAAUUUUGUUGACCAUGAUCUUAUCAACAUAAGGAGGCAUUCAUUUCAAUACUUACUAUUAAUUCAUGAAAGGUCCUCGA